UAAACCAUUAUAGAUUGUCAAAAUGGGGCGGAGAUCAACAUCAUCCACCAAGAGUGGAAAAUUUAUGAACCCUACUGAACAAGCUCGAAAGGAAGCCCGGAAGAGAGAAUUGAAGAAGAACAAAAAACAGCGCAUGAUGGUUCGGGCUGCAGUGUUGAAGAUGAAGGAUCCCAAACAAAUUAUCCGGGACAUGGAGAAAUUGGAUGAGAUGGAGUUUAACCCUGUGCAGCAACCACAGUUAAAUGAGAAAGUCCUGAAAGAUAAACGUAAAAAGCUUCGUGAAACCUUUGAACGUAUCCUACGACUUUAUGAGAAAGAGAAUCCAGAUAUUUACAAAGAAUUGCGAAAGCUAGAAGUAGAAUAUGAGCAGAAAAGGGCUCAACUUAGCCAAUAUUUUGAUGCUGUCAAGAAUGCUCAGCACGUAGAAGUAGAGAGUAUUCCUUUGCCGGAUAUGCCGCACGCUCCUUCCAACAUCUUAAUCCAGGACAUUCCACUUCCUGGUGCCCAGCCGCCCUCCAUCCUUAAGAAGACCUCAGCGUAUGGACCUCCAACUCGAGCAGUUUCUAUCCUUCCUCUUCUUGGACAUGGUGUUCCACGCCUGCCCCCUGGCAGGAAACCUCCAGGUCCUCCACCUGGUCCACCACCUCCCCAAGUCUUGCAGAUGUACGGCCGUAAAGUGGGCUUUGCUCUUGAUCUUCCUCCUCGGAGGCGAGAUGAAGACAUGUUGUACAGUCCUGAUCUUGCACAGCGUGGUCACGACGAUGACGUUUCCAGCACCAGUGAAGAUGAUGGCUACCCUGAGGACAUGGAUCAGGACAAGCAUGAUGACAGUACUGAGGACAGUGACACAGACCGGUCAGAUGGAGAGAGUGAGGGGGACGAGUUUGUGCACCGUGACGAUAACGAGCGGGACAACCCCGAGGAAAAGAAGGCAGGUCUGAGUGUACGAUUUGCAGAUAUGCCUGGAAAAUCAAGGAAGAAAAAGAAGAACAUGAAGGAGCUGACUCCUCUACAAGCCAUGAUGCUGCGAAUGGCAGGUCAGGAAAUCCCUGAAGAGGGACGGGAAGUAGAGGAAUUUUCAGAGGACGACGAUGAUGAUGACUCUGAUGAUUCUGAAGCAGAAAAGCAAUCACAGAAACAGCAUAAAGAAGAUUCUCAUUCUGAUGGCACGUCUGCUGCUGCUUCACAGCAGCAGGCGCCCCCACAGUCCGUUCCUCCCUCUCAGAUUCAGGCACCUCCGAUGCCAGGACCACCACCUCUUGGACCACCACCUGCCCCACCUUUACGGCCUCCUGGACCGCCUACAGGUCUUCCUCCCGGACCACCUCCAGGGGCUCCUCCGUUCCUGAGACCACCUGGGAUGCCAGGACUCCGAGGGCCUUUGCCACGCCUUUUGCCUCCAGGACCUCCACCAGGCCGACCCCCUGGGCCUCCCCCUGGGCCACCUCCAGGGCUGCCUCCUGGCCCUCCUCCUCGGGGACCCCCACCCAGGCUACCUCCCCCAGCACCUCCAGGCAUCCCUCCGCCCCGUCCUGGCAUGAUGCGCCCACCUCUGGUGCCUCCUCUUGGACCUGCCCCACCUGGGCUUUUCCCACCAGCUCCCUUGCCCAACCCAGGGGUGUUGAGUGCCCCACCCAACUUGAUUCAGCGACCCAAGGCAGAUGACACGAGUGCAGCUACUAUUGAGAAGAAAGCCACAGCAACCAUCAGUGCCAAGCCACAGAUCACUAAUCCCAAGGCAGAGAUUACUCGAUUUGUGCCCACUGCGUUGAGGGUACGGCGGGAGAAUAAAGGGGCCACUGCUGCUCCCCAAAGAAAGCCAGAGGAUGAUUCUGCUGUGCCUCUUGCCAAAGCAGCCCCCAAAUCUGGUCCUUCUGUUCCUGUCUCAGUACAAACUAAAGAUGAUGUUUAUGAAGCUUUCAUGAAGGAGAUGGAAGGGUUACUGUGACAGGUUCUGACGCCGAAACAGGCUUCUGUUCACAGCCGCACUUCAUGGAGCAAGACACUCAUUAAAGCUUAGGU